AUGCACUUCUCCUCUAUCCUCCCCAUCUUCGCAGUCAUCGCCGGUCUCACCAGCGCAAACCCCACCCCAGAUGAGCCUGUCCUCGAGACCCGUAAUGAAGGCGGCAUCGAGUUGAUCGUGCUCGACCUCGGCAAGGGCAAGUCCUACACUGGCGUUGGACGCCCUGGAAAAUGCUACAACCUUCCCUGGAACAUCAAGUCCUUCAAUGUUUACUCUGACAACACCAAAUCAGUCAUCGGUUGCUUUGACUGCAGAGUCUACACUGGAUCCAACUGUGGAGGUAGCUUUGUCACUCUUGGAGGUCAGCAGAAGUCGUUCUUGGCCAAGGGGGGAAAGAAGCCGCAGUACAAGAGCUGGAGGUGCAAGUGUAAGGAGGAGUGGUAA